GAUCAAUCCGCAAAGACUUCAAACUGCUCAGGACCAAGUCCAAGAAAUUUCAAAAGUCUUCCGAAGAAGAAAGAAAGCUUUGUCAGCCGUCAGCAAAGAUGAUUGGAAAGGUUGUUAUAGUUCUGGCCGUCGUGGCCAUUGCCAUGUCUGCUCCAGUGCAGCAUCAACAACAGCAGCAAGAUGAUGGCAGUGAGAGACAGCAGCAGCAGCAUCGACCGCAGAUGGGUGAUCAUGGUUGUCCAGAGAAUGUCACUCGUGAAGACUGCAUGCAGAAGAUGAAGGCAAUGCAUGAGCAGCAAAGACAAGGUGGCUCUGACGAACCUCUUCACUUGGGACGACGCCCGACAGGUCAACCGAAUGUAAAUGGAGAGCAGCUGGCACAAGGAGGAGAUCGUAAUGGAGGUCGUUCCCAGCAGCACCAUAGCACUAGACCAGUCGGCGAGCGACCAACAAGGCAAACUGGUGAUCGUCCACAAGGUGGUAACGAGCAGCGUGAGCGACCCACUGGAAUGAGCCACCAUCAAUUCCAGGGAGAGAGACCUUCCGGUCAACCACUAUCAUCCCAGCGCCAGUCACGGUCUGUCAACCAGCAGCAAAAUGAUGAGGAACAGCGUCCCAGCCAGGGACAAGAGCAGCGUCCCAGCCAGGGACAAGAGCAGCGUCCCAGCCAGGGACAAGAGCAGCGCACCAGCCAGGGUCAAGAACAGCGCCCCAGCCAGGGACAAGAGCAGCGCCCCAGCCAGGGACAAGAACAGCGCCCCAGCCAGGGACAAGAGCAGCGCCCCAGCCAGGGACAAGAGCAGCGCCCCAGCCAGGGACAAGAGCAGCGCCCCAGCCAAGGACAAGAGCAGCGCCCCAGCCAGGGACAACAGCAGCUCCCCAGCCAGGGACAACAGCAGCGCCCCAGCCAGGGUCAGGAGCAGCGUCCCAGCCAGGGUCAAGAACAGCGCCCCAGCCAGGGACAAGAGCAGCGCCCCAGCCAGGGUCAACAGCAGCGCCCCAGCCAGGGUCAACAGCAGCGCCCCAGCCAGGGUCAACAGCAGCGCCCUAGCCAGGGUCAACAGCAGCAGGGACAAGAGCAGCGCCCCAGCCAGGGUCAACAGCAGCGCCCCAGCCAGGGUCAACAGCAGCAGGGACAAGAGCAGCGCCCUAGCCAGGGUCAACAGCAGCAGGGACAAGAACAGCGCCCCAGCCAGGGACAAGAACAGCGCCCCAGCCAGGGUCAACAGCAGCAGGGACAAGAGCAGCGCCCCAGCCAGGGUCAACAGCAGCAGGGACAAGAGCAGCGCCCUAGCCAGGGUCAACAGCAGCAGGGACAAGAACAGCGCCCCAGCCAGGGACAAGAACAGCGCCCCAGCCAGGGUCAACAGCAGCAGGGACAAGAGCAGCGCCCCAGCCAGGGUCAACAGCAGCAGGGACAAGAGCAGCGCCCCAGCCAGGGACAAGAGCAGCGCCCCAGCCAGGGUCAACAGCAGCAGGGACAAGAGCAGCGCCCCAGCCAGGGUCAACAGCAGCGCCCCAGCCAGGGUCAACAGCAGCAGGGACAAGAGCAGCGCCCCAGCCAGGGACAACAGCAGCGUCCCAGCCAGGGUCAACAGCAGCGCCCCAGCCAGGGGCAACAGCAGGCUCCACAAGAUCUGGCUCAACCUGAAAAUGCUCUAAAAGAAAGAAAGAAGAUAAUCAUGGCCGUCUCAGCAAGCGGAGAUCUUCUGCGUGACCUGGGCCUACCGAACGAAUCCGUUGUCGACCUCGGCAACGUUGCAGUCGAUCCCAACCAAGAACUCGGACGAGGCUCGGAUGCUGCUGUGUAUCGUAUCCAAUGGCAUGGCGUAGAUAUCGCACUCAAAGUCCUCCACGGUCUGCUCAUUCAGCCGGCUAAUGUUGGUCGUCGAGAACUCAUUCUUCGCUUUGGUCAGGAAAUACUACGAUUGUCGAAGCUCCGCCAUCCCAAUCUUUGCCAGCUCGUGGGCAUUGCUCGGGUGGGCCAAUCGCCUGCUCUAGCGGUUGAAUUGCUGGAGCGAACACUGGAGCAAUGUAGUAUCGGAGAUGGCAGAGAGCCAGAGCCUCAGCUGUUGUCUUAUCUUGCUGAUACAGCAGCUGCACUGCGCUACCUGCACUCCUUGCGAAUUAUACAUCGUGACUUGGCUCCCAAGAACAUCUUGGUGCGCAAUGGAGUUGCGAAAGUAUGUGAUUUCGGCGUGGCACGCUGCUUACACCCCGAAGGACCUCGGCAGGAGCUGCAAGAAGCAGCAAGGAUGACAGCGUGCCCAGGUACGAUGUUGUUCAUGCCGCCCGAAGCACUGCUUGAACGACCGGAGUAUGAUGAAGCUUUAGAUAUCUUCUCCUUCGGUGUAUGUCUGCUGAGCGUAUGGACAGGCAAACUGCCCUCAGCGGAGCUUGUCUUCGCUGACCGAAACAGACAGAACUGUUGUACUGACGGGCGGUAGGAGUCGACGAGAGCCUAUUCCUGAGUUUGAGCGCAGAAGGUUGCACCUCGAGCUCAUGGCGGAUGGUCACCCUCUGAAGCCGAUUGUUCUUCGUUGUCUGCGGAACCAUGCAUGCCAC